ACUUCUAACUAAACCCCUUCCCUUCUCCUCCUUGUUCCCAUCCGUCAAAAUCUGCAAAACCCUAACUUUUUGAAUCAGCGGCAGAGAACGAUGAUGCCCUCCUCGAAAGCCGUCGUUUUCGCGAGGCAGAUGGCGAAGAAGAUUCGUGUUACGAUGCCGUUGAUGUCCGCAACACGCUUUGUCUCAAAUGGUCGAGAACAUGAGCAGAACCCCCCGGAGCCUUUACCCAACAGACCCUUGCGAGGGGAUAGAUCUUCCAACUCCCAUAGAGAACCACCCGCCAGACAAGGCUACAACCUUGGAAAGAGUGAUAAUACUCUGUCUGACCAUGGCUUCCUCGAACAGUUCAAACUCGGAGUCAAUCAGGAUUCACAGGAGAUCCCCAAAACGGCACAGAACCCCCAGGAAGAAACAAGCCAGCCCGAAGAUUCCGAUGAGAUCUUCAAGAAGAUGAAGGAAGGAGGUCUCAUUCCUAAUGCCGUCGCCAUGCUUGACGGCCUCUGCAAAGAUGGGCUUGUACAGGAGGCCAUGAAGCUCUUCGGGUUGAUGCGUGACAAGGGUACAAUCCCUGAGAUUGUUAUCUACACUGCUGUCGUUGAGGGCUUUUGCAAGGCUCAUAAAAUUGAAGACGCUAAGAGGAUUUUCAGAAAAAUGCAGACCAAUGGGGUCGCCCCAAAUGCCUUCAGCUACGGUGUGUUGGUUCAGGGAUUGUAUAAUUGCAACAUGCUAGAUGAUGCUGUUGCUUUAUGUGGUGAGAUGCUCGAGGCUGGUCACUCUCCCAACGUCCCCACUUUUGUUGGAUUGGUUGAUGCAUUGUGCAAAGAAAUGGGCCUCGAACAAGCUCAGCUGGCUAUCGAUAGCUUAAACCAAAAAGGAUUUGCUGUUAAUGUUAAGGCUGUCAAAGAGUUCAUGGACAAAAGGGCCCCGUUUCCGUCUUUGGCUUGGGAAGCUAUAUUCAAGAAGAAACCAAUCGAGAAACCCUUCUGAGUGUCUAUCACUUACGCAGUGCUUUUAGUAUUAUUGGGAACAGACACUAGGCCUAAAACUACGUCACUCUCAUAAGGUACUGCUGAUCCGAGGGAGGGACCAGGAAGCCGCUGUAUUGUAUACAAUUUUGGCACAACAAAAUGUUUGGAGUCAACAUUAAAAUAGUUUUUUGAUUCACUCGGAGAUCUUUACUUGAUUUGGUCGGCUGUAUUUAUAUUCAUGAACGCAAAGUCAAGGCCUGUUUUGGUGGAAGAACGACUCCUUGCUUUUAAUCCCUAUAUUUGUAAAAGAGAAGUACAAAAAGUGUUUCCGGGUCGGGUCAAUUUCAAAAAAUUACCCGAAAUUUGUAAUUGGA